AUGAUCUCCACAGUCUUCAGCACAGUCGCGCUGUUUGCAGCAGGGGCUGCUGCCCACGGAGCUGUCACUAGCUACGUUAUUGCUGGCACAAACUACCCAGGAUACCAAGGCUUCUCCCCUGCCAAUUCUCCCAAUGUUAUCCAGUGGCAAUGGCCUGAUUACAACCCUGUAAUGUCUGCCACAGACUCCAAACUCCGCUGCAAUGGCGGCACUUCGGCAACCCUGAAUGCAACGGCUGCGCCAGGCGACAAAAUCUCUGCUACCUGGCAACAGUGGACACAUAGCCAGGGCCCAAUCCUGGUCUGGAUGUAUAAGUGCGCAGGUGCAUUUCAUGGCUGCGAUGGGUCUGGCGCUGAAUGGUUCAAGAUCGACGCAGCUGGCUUCCAUGGAGACGGCACUACUGUCUUCCUAGAUUCUGAAACCAACUCUGGCUGGGACAUUGCCAAACUUGUGGGCGGGAAUAAGCAAUGGACUAGCACGAUCCCAGCAGGACUUGCCCCAGGCAACUACCUGGUCCGACACGAGUUAAUCGCCUUGCAUCAGGCGAAAACCCCGCAGUGGUACCCUGAGUGCGCGCAGAUUGUUAUCACCGGCUCUGGCACGUCUCAGCCAAGCGCCUCGCAGAAGGCGGCCAUUCCGGGGUACUGCAAGCAGUCCGACCCCAACAUCUCGUUCAACAUCAAUGAUCAUUCAGCUCCUCAGACAUACGUCAUUCCCGGCCCUCCCGUGUUCACGGGCACAGGUGCUGCCGCUCCCAAGAAAGCUAAGGCAUUCGCUGGAUGAAUGGAAGGGAUGGAAGGCUGGAACGGUGGAACGGUGGAAGAGUGGAGGGCUGGAAGGGCGGAAGCGUGGAGGGGUGGAAGGAUU